UGCUGAGAAAUGUGGCGCGGGGUCGCAACGGAGGCCUCGACACAACAAAGACGGAAAAGUCUUGAUAAGCGAGCGCAAUCUGGGCGCCAUCAGGUGGCUCUUUUGUUUGCCUCACAAUCUGCUUCUUUGGCGUAAACAACACCUGCUUUCUUCAACAAGUCCUUGUUGUUGUUAAAGACGAGAAGAUGUAUUUUCACCUCAAAAUCACUUGGUGACUUGCAGUGUACAGAACAUUCUCGCUGCCUGUGUUGCUUCUUCCACACGCAAGAUGGCAAACGUCGCUGCCGGGAUGGCGACAGACUGGCCGGCUGGCACGAGAGACUGGACGCUUGCAACCUCCUGUUGUGUGUGUCUUUGGCUUUGAGACGGCGCCAAAGUGACAGGAAGGUUUCGAGCGAGCAUGGGAGCUGCAGAAGACACCAAAGCGAGGAGCGUGUUGGCGGCCCUGACACUGCUGUCCCUGUUGAGCCACAUGGAUGGCAUCGGCCAGGGCCCCCAAGGGCCCCGCUCGGGCCCGGACUCCAUCGGGAGGCACCGUCGCCACAAGAGAGGCUGGAUCUGGAAGCAGAUGUUUGUCUCGGAGGAGGACCCCACACCUCGCGUCAUCGGCCAGCUGAAAUCAGAUUACGACCGCGGGGAGUUCACCAUCCGAUACAUCCUGUCCGGGGAAGGCGCCGGCGACACUUUUGCCAUCGACGAGUACUCAGGCAAGAUCCGCACGCUGAAGAAGCUGGACCGCGAGGAGAAGGCCUUCUACAUACUCCAAGCGCAAGCCAUCAACAGGCUCUCUGGGGAGCCCGAAGAACCCCAGUCCGAGUUCAUCAUCAAGGUGCAGGACAUCAACGACAACGCACCGCAGUUCCUCAACCAGCCGUACGCGGCCAGCAUUCCCGAGAUGUGCCCCGUCGGCACCACCGUGGUCCAAGUGACGGCCACAGACGCUGACGACCCCAUGUUUGGCAAUAACGCCAAGCUCAUCUACUCCAUCCUGCAGGGGGAGCCCUACUUCUCGGUGGAGCCAAAGACAGGGAUCAUCGUGACCUCCUGGCCCGACAUGGACCGCGAGGCCAAGGAGCAGUACCUGGUGGUGGUGCAGGUGAAGGACAUGCUGGGCAUGAGCGGCGGCUACUCGGCCUCCGCCACCGUCAGCGUCAGCUUGAGCGACAUCAACGACAACGGGCCCAUCUUCCAGCACCAUUUAUACACCUUUGCCAUUCCCGAAGAUGCCGCGGUGGGAACCACGGUGGGCAGGGUCAAAGCGUACGACGCCGACAUAGGCGUCAAUGCCAAGAUGAACUACAGCCUGCUGGCGGACCUGGAAGAGAACGCUACCUUCAGCGUCCACACCGACCCGCUGACGCAAGAGGGCGUCAUCCUGCUGGCCAAGCUGCUGGACUACGAAACCAAGCGCCGCUACGUGAUGGUGGCGGAGGCCAUCAAUGAGGACGUGGAUCCCCGCUUCCUGCCCCCGGGGGAGUUCUCGGACCGGACCACGCUGAAGAUCCUGGUGGAGGAGGUGGACGAGCCGCCCGUCUUUCUUUCGCCGGUCUACGAGUGGAAGGUGGCUGAGAACGCGGCGGCGGGGAUCGUCGUCGGCGUUGUCAGCGCCCGCGACACCGACGCGGCCAACAACACUGUCAGAUAUUCUUUCGAAAAGCACAGUGACGCAGCAAAAGCUUUCAAGAUGGACCCGCUCAACGGAACCAUCUCCAUCGCCAAGCCUCUGGACCGAGAGCUAUCCGCCUGGCACAAUCUGACCAUCGUCGCCAAAGAGAGCUCGUCCAAGCGUUUGUCCUCCCGGGUUCUGGCGUCCAUCAAGGUGCUGGACAUCAACGACAACGCACCGCAACUGGCCGGCCCUUACCGGCCGUAUAUCUGCGAGGGAACGCAAGCGGGGGAGCUCAUCCAGCUACUGAGCGCCAUUGAUCCAGACGAGCCUUCCGAGGGUCACCACUUCUAUUUCUCCAUGGUCCCCGGCAAGCAAAUCAAUCCCAACUUCACCAUUCGGGAUAACCAAGACAACACGGCGGGCAUCGUGGCACGCAGGAGCACCUUCAGCCGCAGGGAGCGCAGCCACUACCUGCUGCCGGUGGUGGUGACGGACAGCGGCUCGCCCGCCCUGUCCAGCACCGGCACGCUGACCGUCAGUGUGUGCGGCUGCGGGCCCGCCGGCCGCUGCCCCUCCGGAGGCGUGGAGGCCCUGGCUCUGUCCAUGGGGGUCAGUCCGCGCACCUUGCUUGUGCUUCUCGUCUGCCUGCUCUUGGCCGCAGCCUCGUCAGUCCCCACGCUGUUGCUGUGGCGACGCAGGCGUGCGCAAAAGGCGGCACGCAGGAAGGCCAGCGAGCUGGAACUGCCCGAUACCGUGUCGCAGAAGGUGCUGUACUACGCCCAGGUGGGCCAGCCGAUUCGAGACCCGGUGGUCCCGCUACGCUCCCACCCCAGGAGGCGCGAGAGGCGGCUGGCUCGGGAAGAAGUCCGGGCCAGCAUCCGCAUGUCCCUGCGAGAGUCUCGCCUAGUGGGGCCCGAGGACGAUGUCUUCAGGCAGUUCAUCCUGGACCGGGUGGAGGAGGCGGACGGCGACCCGUACGCGCCGCCAUUCGACUGCCUGACGGCCUACGCCUACGAGGGCUCGGGAUCCUCGGCCGGCUCGCUCAGCUCGGUGGACUCGUGCGCGUCGGAGAGGCCGAGCCCGGUUCCCGGAGCUCCCUGGGCCAGACUGUCGCCCUGGUACGGCGGAGGCCAGGAGGACACCAUCUUCUGAGGACUACACGACCAGGCUCGCUGCUGUCACGCUUGGUGGAGGGCUCACUCUGUUCUUCAUUUCGGAGGUUUUGGACUUAUUGAUGCUCAGUGGGAUCCCCCCGCCCAAGCUUUCCUCAUUCAUGCUGCGUGCUUUUUUUUUUCCAGACUUUUGUGCAGCACACUGCUGUCACACCGUCUUUUUGUGUUUGUCACCUUUCUAACUUUUGCACUCAGUGUUCCUUUUCUCUGCUUUAUUUUCAGACUUUUCCGUGGCAGCUUUACCCAAAAAGUAUUUCCAUUAAUUGAUGUAGAAUGUAACAUUUGAUUGUGCCGUUGGUUUAUGCUUUAAUCAGUGUCGUAUUAUUAUGUAUUAUUCUCCCCCGUGUGAAAGCACACUAUAACUGACCCGUAAAUUUCCAUUCCAUGAUGCAAUCUACAAUGGAAUAUUUGAUAUACGGAAGGUGUGAACGCUUAUCGUAAUGUAUUUUUAUAAAUAAAGAUCACAAUUCCGGAAUGCGCCA